AAUAUCAUAAUGCCUAAACACGCUUUAUGGCGUGUAUAUUAACUUCUAAAGCGCCAGGUGAAGAUUUCGCAGCAAUGUCGGAAUAUUCUUUGGACUCUUUAGAAAGCGUCGAGGAUGAUUCCUUGGAGAAACACAUCUCGGUCAAUAGUGAUAAUGACGAUAACCUAGGAACAAUCAAAUCCGAUGACAGAUCCAGCAAGAAUACGUCAUUUCAAUUGAAUUCUACAUUAACAACGUUAUCCCAGAUUAAAGACAAUAUGACGGAGACCAACUGCACCGUACGUGAGGACAGAUGCACGGGAACAUGCCGCGCGACUCGGGAAGAACCGUGGCUUUGCAUAAGAAAGAGGAACGACGUCGGGGAACGGCGGCGUACAGGAGAAGGCGACGAGAGUCGUCGUCGUUGUCGUCGUACGUCAAGACCGACGACGAUGGCAACGGCGACAACGACGACGACAGAGACGGAGCGAUGUUCCCCGGGGGCGCGAAAUUCUUCGUCAAAAUGCAGUCUGCGCGACAACCGGGGUGGUAUGAGAGCCGACAAAAAACUCGGCAACGUUCUCGUACCAUGGAUCCGGGGACCGGCCAGGACUACCUCGUAUCUGGAGCUUUAUCGGCGUAGAUUCAAUGUCCCGAAGUACUCGCGUAUCCAGUCUCCGGAGGGUUCCACCCUGUCGAUUUGUGGCGACAGUCAGCUCGAGGAGCUCAGCUUGGAUGAGGGUUGCUCGUCCCUUCCGGGCACCUCGAGGGACGACAGCGAGCUUAGCUUCUACCGUCGCUUUGUCGAAGAUCACGCCGUUCGUGUGACGCGUGAGUGUACUAGAAGAUCUUGCGAAAUAUUACGUCACGGAAUAACUUCAAAUACCGUCUCUCUGGAAGAGCAAUGCGAACGUAGCGUGUCGGACAGCAAGCUAAAGAAACCGACGUAUCGUCCGUAUACUAUCGAGGAGUAUAGGAGCUUAUCGGUGCCGAGACCUGAUCGAUCUCUGGGUCCUGAUAAAGAUGAGGUGCAGGCAAAGAGAGAAUGGCUGAUGCGCCGGAGAUCGUACGGAGACUCGGUUAGUGCGCGCAAUCGCGAGCAGAUACUGCAGCGUUCGAGAAGAUUCAAGUCGAGACGCGCCAUCGCUCAAAAAUGUUUCUUGCCUCCUUUGAAAGAUUGGGACGCCACAGCAUCAAAGAACCGUGAAAGCUCGAGGAUCCUUGAGACGAAUAACGUUACACAGGAGAGUCUCUUGAAACAUCCCGUCAUGUACCCGAAGAAAAGGAUCACCACGGAUGAAACAUCGUCAUUCCGAGAGAGUGAAAUGUUUGAGAAAACGUUAAGUUUCGACUCGUCUUUUAAUUUAUACGCAUCUUGCGAAGACCUAGAGACAUUGCAACAGUGUCAUUUGGAUGAAACAAAAUUAGCAGAUCGUCUUAUGCGUCAAACGUUAAAUUCUUGAUCAAAACUGC